AUGUUUGGAAGACCAUCCUCGGGCACGUCUGGCUUUGGUGGCUUUGGUGCUGCUAACAAUACCUCAUUUGGUGCAAACAAUUCUCCCUUUGGUGGAGGCGGCACUGUAGGUGCUAACAAUACUGGUGCCAAUCAAGCAGGGAACAGCAUUUUUGGUGCUAAUAACAACACUAAUACUGGAGGUGGCCUCUUUGGUGGGAAUACUGCUAACAAUACCAGUGGAAACAACUCUGGUGGUUUUGGAUUUGGCGCAACUUCCAACAAUACUGGCGGUGGAUUAUUUGGCAGUGCACAAAAUUCCACGUCUUCUCCAUUUGGUGCUAGUAGUACACCUUCUCCAUUUGGUGCAAACAAUAAUGCAGGCACUUCUACGGCUGGUGGACUCUUUGGGUCAAGUAACAACGCUGCAAACCCAGGAAUGGGAGGAUUUGGUGCACCUGCGAAUAGCACAUUUGGCUCUGGAUUCAAUUCCAUGAGUGGUAAUCAAAACAAAGGCACUGCAGCUGUUCCCUUCAAACCAUUUAUGGAGAGAGACCCGACUUUAGGUACCUCUUACUAUCAAUCCAUUACUGCCAUGCCUGAAUAUAAGAACUAUUCGUUUGAAGAAUUAAGAGUUCAAGAUUAUCUAGAAGGUAGAAGAUUUGGUAGUGGCAAUGCUGGUGCAGCUGGUGCAGCUGGUCCAAGUGGCUUUGGCACCGCUAAUGCUUCAUCGACUGGUUUUGGUGGAUUCGGUAGUAAUACCUCGGGAGGUGGACUUUUUGGUGCUAAACCAACUGGUACUACCACUGGAGGUGGUCUCUUUGGUAGUAAUAAUAAUAGCAACAACACAGCUGGUGGGUUUGGUACUUCCUUUGGUAAUACUAGUACUGCAGGUGGUUUUGGUAAUAACAACGCCUCGGGGGGUGGCCUUUUUGGUGGCAAUAAUAAUAACUCCGGGGGUUUGUUUGGCUCAAACAACAACAAUUCUAAUGUUGGAGGCUUUGGCUCAACCAAUACCAAUGCUGGCGGUGGCCUUUUUGGAGGCAGCAACACUUCUUCCCCAUUUGCUGCUAACAAUACUGCAGGGGGGUUUGGAAAUAACAAUGCUUCAGGUGGUAAUAUGUUUGGUAACAAUACCAACACUGGUAGUGGUUUGUUUGGUGGUAAUAACAACAACGCUUCUUCUGGUGGUGGUUUGUUUGGUUCUAACACUAACAACAACUCCGGCGGUGGUCUCUUUGGUAAUAACAAUACUGCUUCCACUGGUUUUGGUGCACAACCAGCAGGAUCGACUGGUUUUGGUUUUGGUAAUAACAGCAAUAAUACUGGUACUACAGGUGGUGGAUUAUUUGGUAACAAACCGGCAGGUGCUACUGGAGGGGGUCUAUUUGGAAACAACAAUGCAGGCAAUACAGGCAAUACAGGCGGUGGUCUGUUCGGUGCAAAGCCUGCUGGUACCACAACAGGUGGGGGCCUCUUUGGUAAUAACAAUACUGCUUCCACUGGUUUUGGAGCUAAACCAGCAGGAUCGACUGGUUUUGGCUUUGGUAAUAACAGCAAUAAUACUGGUACUACAGGUGGUGGAUUAUUUGGUAACAAACCGGCCGGUGCUACUGGAGGAGGUCUAUUUGGAAACAACAAUGCAGGCAAUACAGGCGGUGGUCUGUUCGGUGCAAAGCCUGCUGGUACCACAACAGGUGGAGGUCUAUUUGGUAAUAACAAUGCGGCUUCCACUGGUUUUGGAGCCAAACCUGCAAAUGGUGGUGGACUAUUUGGUAGUGGCACAACGCCCUCUAGUACAACCUCUGGUGGAGGUCUAUUUGGUAAUAGUGGCAAUAAUGCUGGCGCCACAAGCGGAGGUUUAUUUGGUAAUAAGCCGGCUGGAACCACUGGUGGUGGACUAUUUGGUAAUAACAAUACCAGCACUACUGGAGGUAGUCUAUUUGGUGCAAAGCCUGGUGGAGCAACAGGUGGCCUCUUUGGUAAUAAUGGAACAACCGGUGGUACUUCUGGCGGAUUGUUCGGAAAUAACAAUAACAAUACACUGGGUGGCUCCUCUACUGGAGGAUUAUUUGGUGGCCAACAGCAGCCUCAACAACAGCUUCAACAACAGCAAAUUAUUGCCCAAUCUAACCAGAAUCCAUACGGGUCUGGGGCUUUGUUCAAUAAUUUAAAUAACGUACUUGUCAAUCCUGUUGUUCCCGUUCCGGAGAAGCCUAUUGCCACCCCAAUCAAAGAUGUUGAGAAAAAGAAGGUAUCUCUUGUUGCUGCCUACAGAUUAUCACCAAAGCCACUAUUUAGUACUUCCGAAUCUAUUAUUGGUAAACCAAAGGGAGCUAUUGGUGUCUCAAAUGUUUCUGACUCUGCGGUUGAGCAAGUGAUUAAAGAUUCCGCCGAAUUGAAGGCAAUAUCCAAUGCAGAAACUGAUAAAUUAAUCCUUUCCAACCCGUUAUUCUCACGUUCCAAAAAAUUGACUAAAUUGUUGAUCCAAAAGAAUCAAGAGUCCAACCUAUUGUCUGAAGGUCCUAAUGAUAAAUCUCAGAAUAUCUCAUUGAAGGCGGAUUUACCUUCUCAAGUUUCUUCAGAUACAUUCUUAACGGCAAAGAAGGAUGAAAUUGAAAAACCAGAGAAAACUUCAAAAAUUGAUAGUAUCAAGCCACUAACUACUCCACCACCAGCUGCCGAAGACGAGAAAAAGUCUGGAUUUAUUAACAACAUGGGUGAAAAGAAGAACGUUGACAAUGAGAUUGACAUAAAAGAAACUACCAGAAAGGAGACACCAUUUCUACCCGAUGGUUACUUUACAAUUCCUUCAUUUAAAGAAUUGUCAUCCUACGAACCCGAAAAGUUAAUAUCUGUCAAGAAUUUCACUGUGGGAAAAAAUGGUAUAGGACAAGUAGAGUUUGUUUACCCCGUUGAUUUGACUACUAUCCCUUUGUCAAGUAUUGGUGAUCUCAUAGUUUUUGAAAAAAAACAAUGUGUUGUUUACCCUGACGUUUCCACCAAACCUAAAGUUGGAGAAGGUUUCAACGUACCUGCAAUCAUUUCCCUGGAAGGUUGUUACCCAAGUACAAAGGAUAGAAAAGGUAUUAUAACCGAUCCUAAGCAUCCUGCUGUAGUCAGGCACAUCAACAAACUUAAAUCAGUUCCAAAUACUCAGUACUUAGGUUAUGAGGCAAACACCGGUACCUGGAAAUUCAAAGUUGAGCAUUUUUAG